GAGAGCAGGAGAGCAUUCGGUCUUUAUUUUCACUAGUGAUUUUUAGACUGAUUGUCACACUGUGGAUUAUAAAGACAUCAACAGAGGAACUAUACGGGGUAAUAGGCAGGCUUUUUGCGACAUACUUUAAUGUGGAGUUGGGCGGAUUGCUGCGGAAAUAUGGCUCUUAUCAGCUCUGAGUCCACGAUUAAAUGGCAAGUACGGGCCUUCAUCCUUGUUUUUUUCAUUGAGGCGACGGUCUGCCAGAUCCGCUACUCUGUCCCCGAGGAGAUGAGGAAGGGCUCCUUUGUAGGAAAUGUGGCUGAAGAUUUAGGUCUCGACGCUAAAAGGCUGAAAUCAGGCGGUGCCCGAAUUGUUAGCGGUGAUAACAGCGAGUACAUUAAGCUUGAUGUAGACAAAGGGAUUCUGGUGGUGGGAGAAAGAAUAGAUAGAGAGCAGCUCUGCGGGCAGACAUCGCCCUGCAGUUUGAAUUUUGAAAUGAUAAUGACAAAUCCAAUGCAACUACAUAGCGUUGUAGUGGAAGUGCUGGAUGUUAAUGAUAAUGCACCCGUGUUUCAUGAGAAAGAAUUGCAUCUGGAAAUACUAGAAUCUGCUCUACUAGGGACCGAAAUAUUAGAAGUGAGUGCCACUGACCCGGAUGUUGGCAUUAACGCUUUACAUGGUUAUACAUUACACCCAACUACACAUUUUAAUAUUAAGGUCCUGUCCAGCCCAAAUGGCCAUAAAUAUGCACAGUUGUAUCUCUCUAAUGCGCUAGAUCGGGAGAAAGAAGAGAAGCUGCUUCUCACUCUAACUGCUGUGGAUGGGGGUGAACCACAGCGAUCAGGGACAUUAAAAAUACACGUAACUGUCCGAGACACAAAUGACAAUGCUCCGGUUUUUACACAAUCAAUUUUCAAGGCGUCUGUAAAAGAAAAUGUUCCAAAGGGUACUUUAGUGGUGAAGCUGAGUGCAACAGAUGCAGAUGAAGGGAUGAAUGGUCGUGUUACAUACCACAUUAAUCGCAUGUCUAGUAAUGUUGCUGAGCUAUUUAUUCUGGAUGAAAACACUGGCGAUUUAACUGUAAACGGUAUGAUUGAUUAUGAAGAAAGUAAAAUGUAUGAGAUUGGUGUGCAGGCGAAAGAUCAAGGUGGACAAAGCACAUCAACAAAAGUAAUAAUUGAAGUGACGGAUGUAAAUGACAAUGCACCUGUAAUAACACUAACUUCGUUUUCUAGUGCCAUCGCUGAGGAUUCUCCUAGUGGAACUACUGUAGCUAUCAUAAACGUUAAAGAUCUAGAUUCAGGCAAAAAUGGCAAAGUGGACUGCUCAGUUAACAGCAACAUCCCGUUUACGAUCCACUCAUCUCUAAAGAAUUAUUAUACUUUGGUGACAAACGGUGUCCUUGACAGGGAGCGUAAUCCUGAUUACAACGUUACUUUUACAGCUGUGGACGAAGGACGCCCCACACUUUCAACUAAUAAGACAAUAACACUGAGAGUCUCCGACGUCAAUGAUAAUGCUCCCGUAUUUGAACAGAGUUAUUAUGAAGCUAAUAUCAUGGAGAAUAACUCCCCAGGAUUAUCUGUGUUUUCCGUGAAAGCACUCGACUCAGACUCGGGGCAGAACGCACGAGUGUCUUACCUGCUCAUUGAUACUCAGUUAAAUGGUCACCCAAUAUCCACUUACAUAUCUGUUAACGCAGAAACUGGAGUUAUACAGGCAGUUCGGUCGUUUGACUACGAGCAAAUAAAAACAAUAGAUAUUUUUGUAAAAGCCCAGGAUGGAGGCUCACCACCUCUAAGCAGCAAUACGACUAUUAAAUUAAAUAUUCAGGAUCAGAACGACAACCCUCCUCAGGUUCUAUAUCCAGUCCAGACUGGUGGCUCUCUGGUGGCUGAAAUGGUGCCUCGUUCAGCAGAUGUGGGCUAUCUGGUGACUAAAGUGGUGGCUGUUGAUGUGGACUCUGGACAGAAUGCCUGGCUCUCCUAUAAACUGCAGAAAGCCACAGACAGGGCGCUGUUUGAAGUGGGCUUACAGAAUGGAGAAAUAAGAACUAUCCGCCAAGUGACUGAUAAAGAUGCAGUGAAACAAAGACUGACUGUUAUAGUGGAGGACAACGGGCAGCCCUCUCGUUCAUCUACAGUCAUUGUUAACGUGGCGGUGGCGGACAGCUUCCCUGAAGUGCUGUCGGAGUUCACUGACUUUACCCAGGACAAGGAGUACAAUGACAACCUGACUUUUUACUUAGUGUUGGCUCUGGCUGUAGUUUCCUUCCUCUUCAUCACGUGUUUAGUGGUUAUUAUAUCAGUGAAAAUCUACAGAUGGAGACAGUCUCGCAUCCUGUAUCACUCCAAUCUCCCUGUUAUUCCAUAUUAUCCACCACGUUACUCAGACACUUUGGGGACAGGGACUCUCCAACACGUGUACAAUUACGAGGUGUGCAGGACGACUGACUCCAGAAAGAGUGACUGUAAGUUCGGCAGAGCUGGUAGUCAGAACGUGCUGAUAAUGGACCCCAGUUCUACAGGGACGAUGCAGCGGAUUCAGAGUGAAAAGAGCAUCCUGGAUGAACCAGACUCGCCUCUAGAGGUCAGUUACAUGAUAUAGCUCCGUCUAUGUGCCGUUAUAUCUUUGUAUGUUUAGUUAGACUGUUGCG